CAAGACCAGUAUCAGUUUGUACUGUUACUUCAACAAGAUGAGACGUACAGUCCUGCUGUCUUUGGCCGCCGUCCUGGCAUUUGUGCCCGAAUCGGCUGCCCAGCACAUCAUUCUGCCGACCUACAGGCCGCCGCCUCAACGUUUUCCGAAGAUAUACCGAGUGCGAAGAAGCGAACCGCUAAGGCUGACCGACGUGGAGCCAGAGCCAUCUCCAGAACCGUGUGACUAUCCAUAUGUACCGCCACACCUUUGCGGUCUUGUAGAUCCGUACGAAUACGCCAACUCUGCCCAUCUUGAUGUCGAAGGAAGCAGUCAACAGAAGCCAAAGAGUAGAGACGCCCGCAGUGUCGAUUCUCCAAGCGCCAAACGUGGUGGAGGCAGCCACAGCACCUCCAGUGGAAGCCGGAACACUGGCGCUACGCACCCCGGGUACAAUCGCCGCAACGCCCGAAGCUUAGGACCGAACGUUGAAUCUCCAACUGUACCUAAACCUCUCAUGCCUACCUGGACGGUGCACGAGCCUAAACUCGCAAGGAACGCAAGAGACAUCCAGUUCCCGCAAAAGCCAAAGCACCAUGACAUCGUUCUCACCGGGUGGAACCCGAAUGCCCGCGUCCAGCCCUGGCAGAAAAUUAGAGUUAAAGCGUAGGCUAGCUAAUAAUAUUAUACCAAAAAGAAUGUGAUUGUUGAUAUUGUCAUUAUUGUGAUAUUUUUUACCCAAAUGAUAUUUACGACUCGAAUUUUCUACUGACAAUGGAUAAAUUCAGGCAAGUUAUACUUAAACGAAUUUAAUAUUGUUUUCUGUGUAAAAUGUUUACUAGAAUUUUGACAUUAAAUAGCUUUUACCUGA